AUGCCGAAGGAUCUAGAGAGUCAACCAGAAGGAGACAACAAGACCAACACAUACCUCUACACACAGAGCCAAUACCAAGCGCUGAACCACGUGGUAGGAGCUGUGUUUAGCGCGCUCACCCCUACCAUCUCCAUGGUCAUUCUCUAUUGUAUCGAGAGUAUGAACGUCAAGGUCGCGCUUGUAUGCCUCUUUACGGUUAUCUUCUGCUUGGCCCUAAGCACACUCAGCAAAGCGCGGCGUAUUGAGAUUUUCGCCGCCACGGCAGCGUUUGGGAGUGUGCAGGUUGUCUGGAUAAGUCAGACGAAUCAGUGA